AUGGGUAGCCUAGGUGAAACAGUUUCUAGGCCCAAGAAGUACAACACCGAGCUCACAGACUACUCCGUAACCCACGCCGAUAAGACUGGGCCAUAUGCGGACAACCUCGAAGUCGAUGCUUUAGUCGUUGGUGCCGGCUUCGCCGGUGUCUUCAUGCUCAAGACCCUCCGCGAUCGCGGGUUGAAGACGGUCAUUUUCGAGGCCGGCAACGAUACGGGUGGCACUUGGCGAUGGAACUGCUACCCCGGCGCCGGUGUCGACUCCGAAGUGCCGGAGUACGAGUUCGCUUGGCCGGAAGUAUACAAUACAUGGAACUGGCCCAAUAACUAUCCUGACUACAAAGAUCUACGUAAUUAUUUCGAUCACGUUGACAAGGUAAUUGGUAUCAAGAAGGACUGCGCUUUCAACACCGUCGUGGUUGAGGCCCAAUUCGAUACGACGGAGGGAAAAUGGCAUAUUAAGUCUGCAGAUGGCCGCACAACCAAGGCCAAAUAUCUCGUUCUCGGAACCGGCUUUGCCGCCAAGCGUUAUAUUCCCCCGUGGUCGGGCAUGGACAAAUUUAAGGGCGUUGUGCACCACUCGUCUUUCUGGCCCGAGGAAAAGGUCGACGUGAAAAACAAGCGCUGUGCUAUCAUCGGUACCGGCGCCUCGGGCGUACAAAUCACGCAGGCCUGGGGGCCCGAGGCCGGCGACCUUAAGGUCUUCCAGCGAACUCCCAACCUCGCUGUGCCCAUGCGCAAGCGCAACCUCACCGUUGAGGAGCAGGAGCGCAUCAAGCCCUAUUACCCAGAGUUGUUCCGGUACCGCGAGGCCAACUUUGCCGGCUUCAUGUACGAUUGGUGCGAGCGCAAUACUUUUGACGACACCCCCGAGGAGCGCGAGGCCUUCUACGAGGGCGUUUGGAAGGACGGCGGCUUCCGCUAUUGGGUUGCCUUGUACAAGGAUAACUUGUUCAACGCCGAAGCCAACAAAGAGUCGUACAAUUUCUGGGCCAAGAAGACCCGUGCUCGUAUUGGCGACCCUAAACUAAGGGAGCUGCUUGCGCCACGGGAGAUGCCACACUACUUUGGUAUCAAACGGCCGUGCCUGGAGAGAAACUAUUACGAGCAGUUUAAUCGUGAGUCUGUGCACCUGGUUGACAUCAACAACAACCCGAUCACGGAGUUUACCGAGACCGGUAUUACCCUCAAGGACGGAACUCACCAUGAACUUGAUGUUGUUGCAGUCGCAACUGGAUUUGAUGUUGUCACUGGUGUCAUGACCCAGCUCGGGCUGAAGAGCAUCGACGGUGCCGAGCUUGAGAAGGAAUGGAUUCCAGGAGCAAAGACCUACCUGGGCACCACCGUCAGCGGCUAUCCCAACAUGUUCCACAUAUAUGGCCCGCACGGCCCAACGCUCCUCAGUAACGGCCCCACGUCAGUCGCGGUGCAGGGCCGGUGGAUCGCCGACGCUAUUUCCAAGAUCGAGGCCAAUGGCAUUAAGUACAUCAACCCCAAGAUCGAGGCCGCUGAUAAAUGGAAAAAGCACGUUGUCGAGCUCAAUGACAAGACUCUCUUCCCCACGACGAGAUCAACUUAUAUGGGUGGCAGCAUUCCUGGCAAGGUUUAUGAACCUGUGUGCUACUCUGGUGGUAUCCCCGCAUAUGCCAUCGAGAUCCGGAAGGCUCUGGAUAAUUUGGAAGACGGAUUUGACGUAGUCAAGGCUUGA